GUUCUUCUCCCUGCAUCGUUAGUCAUCAGCGAUUCCGGCGGCCACUGAGGACGUGGCUUUGGCGCAAGUGCAGGCUGGCCUCUUCCUGUUCCGCCGGCGGCCCAGGCCUGCUUGGGCGGCCUGCUUUCGCCUCAGCCCGCCCGGCCCUCAGCCGGUGGAGGAUGAGGAGGACUCGCAGUGAGGGGGCCGACAGAGGUGGCUGAGGGAGCCUGGCCUGUGAGCCGGCAAUGGAGGAGAAGUUCGGCGGCAGCGGCGAAGUCCUGCCUGGAGGCGGGCGCCUGGGGCCCGUGGACGUGCCCAGCGCCCGCCUAACUAAAUAUGUUGUGUUGCUAUGUUUAACUAAAAUUUUGAAGGCAUUAGGAUUGUUUGAAUCCUAUGAUCUCCUGAAAGUAGUUCACCUUGUACAGUUCAUCUUCAUAGUAAAGCUUGGGUCUGCAUUUUUUAUGAUUUUGUUUCAAAAACCAUUUUCUUCUGGGAAACCUGUCACCAGGCAUCAAUGGAUCAAAAUAAUCAAACAUGCUGUUGUUGGCUGUAUAAUUUCACUGUUGUGGUUCUUUGGACUCACCCUCUGUGGACCUCUAAGAACCGUGUUACUUUUUGAGCAUAAUGACAUUGUUGUCAUUUCACUGCUUAGUGUACUGUUCACAAGUUCAGGAGGAGGACCAGCAAAGACAAGAGGUGUGGCCUUUUUCAUUAUUGCUGUGGUAUGUCUUUUGCUUUUUGACAAUGAUGACCUCAUGGCUAAAAUUGCAGAACAUCCUGAAGGACACCAUGACAGUGCUCUAACGCACAUGCUUUAUACAAUCAUCUCUUUCUUGGGUGUUGCAGAUCACAAGGGUGGGGUAAUCUUGCUUGUAUUAGCAUUGUGUUGCAAGGUUGGUUUCCACACAGCCUCACGAAAACUCUCAAUAGAUAUUGGUGGAGCAAAACGCCUUCAAGCAGUGUCUCAUCUUGUUUCUGUCAUCCUUUUGUGUCCCUGGGUGAUUGUCCUGUCUUUGACAACAGAGAGUAAAGUAGAAUCCUGGUCUUCACUCAUCAUGCCCUUCAUAACAGUUAUACUUUUUGUUGUGGUUUUGGACUUUUAUGUAGAAUCAGUGUGCUCCGCCAAGAUGGAAGUCUCAAAGUGUGCACGCUAUGGAUCCUUCCUCAUUUUUAUUAGUGCUCUACUUUUGGGCAAUUUUUGGACUCAUCCAAUAACAGACCAGCUUCGAGCUAUGAAUAAACCAGCACAUCCAGAAACCACAGAGCAUGUUAUUUCUGGAGGAGUAGUAGUCAGUGCCAUUUUCUUUAUUCUAUCUGCCAGUAUUCUUUCCUCCCCAACCCGGAAAGGACAGAAAGGCACUCUCAUUGGUUAUUCUCCUGAAGGAAUACCACUGUACAAUUUUAUGGGUGAUGCUUUUCAGCACAGUUCCCAAUCCUUACCUCGAUUUAUUAAAGAGUCACUGAAACAAAUUCUUGAGGAGUCUGACUCAAGACAGAUCUUCUAUUUUUUGUGUCUAAACCUGGCAUUUACUUUUGUGGAACUAUUUUAUGGUGUGUGGACCAACAGUUUAGGGUUAAUCUCAGACGGAUUUCACAUGCUUUUUGACUGUUCAGCUUUAGUCAUGGGACUGUUUGCAGCACUGAUGACUAGAUGGAAAGCAACUCGCAUAUUUUCCUAUGGGUUUGGACGUGUAGAAAUCCUUUCGGGGUUUAUUAAUGGCCUUUUCCUCAUGGUAAUAGCUUUCUUUGUGUUCAUUGAGUCUGUGGCCAGACUGGUUGAUCCUCCAGAUAUUGAUACAAAUAUGUUGACUCCUGUCUCAGUUGGAGGAUUGCUAGUAAACCUCGUUGGUAUCUGUGCCUUUAGCCAUGCCCAUUCCCAUGGGCCUUCUCGAGGAGGAUGCCAUGCACACGAGCACAGUCAUUCACACCACGGGCAUGGUCAUAGUCAUGGCCAUGGCCAUUUGCACAGUGACUAUGGCCACAGUCAUAAUCAUGGACACUCACAUGGUUCUUUAGGAGGUGGCAUGAAUACCAAUAUGAGGGGAGUAUUUCUACAUGUCUUAGCAGACACUCUUGGUAGCGUUGGUGUGAUUAUAUCAACAAUAUUAAUUCAACAGUUUGGAUGGCUGAUAGCUGAUCCCCUCUGCUCUCUCUUUAUUGCUACUUUGAUUUUUCUCAGUGUGAUCCCACUGAUAAAAGAUGCAUGCCAAGUACUCUUGUUGAGAGUGCCACCACAACAUGAAAAAGAUCUGCACAUAGCUUUAGAAAAGGUCCAGAAAAUUGAUGGAGUCAUCUCCUACAGAGAUCCUCAUUUCUGGUGUCAUUCUGCUAAUGUUGUGGCAGGCACUAUCCAUGUACAAGUGAUGUCAGAAGUGAUGGAGCAGAGAAUUAUACAGCAGGUUUCAGCAAUUCUUAAAGAUGCUGGAGUCAACAAUUUAACAGUCCAGGUCGAAAAAGAAGCCUACUUUCAGCAUAUGUCUGGCCUCAGUACAGGAUUUCAUGAUGUCCUUGCUAUGACAAAACAAAUGGAAUCCAUGAAAUACUACAAGGAUGGUACUUACAUCAUGUGAUAUGGAGUUAUAUCUGCAGGUUUUAUUAUCUGCAUUUCAUCAGGGGAAAUUUGUACAUAAAUGUACAGAAACCAGUAUAUUAUAUAUUUGGAUUUUUAGAGAAGGAAGGUAUUGUGUAAUUAAAACCUGAUCAAGAGGUUUGGAAAAAUGGACAGUUGAAACAUAUACUGUAUAUGUGAAAUGAUGGCAAUGUCAAAAUACUGUAUUUGGUAUCUAUUAAACCAGUUUUGCUAUUGGAGUGUGGAUGAGCACAAAUGUAUUGCAUCAGACGGAAUAUUGAGCAUUUCUCUUCCAUCUUAGAUCUAAAGAAAAUAAUUUUGAGUUACAACAGAAACAGAUAGACUCCAAAAACUUCAAAUUAUUUUGAAGUACUGCUGCUGUAUGUGUAUUUACACAUAAAAUGUGCAAAUGGGUUUUUCAAAGUUCAUUAGAUACAAAUGAAUAUGUACAAUUUUAUAUUUAUUCCAUUUGUAUAUGUAACCCUGUUUUCUAAGCACAGCUUUGUUAAAUGAGGAGAAAUAGAUUCUACCAAAAAAAAACUGUCAAUUAACUAAUUUUUAAAAGAGAAAAAGAAAGUGUCCCAUGGGCAAUGAGUCAGGAAGAAAGAGAACUACAGUUUUUGCUGUACAUGCACUCCUACGUUUCUGUUCAGUGAGAAGGUUGAAAACCUAAUUUGAACCACUAUGUAAAAUAAACAUUUUAUAAUUUUUAUAAA